AUGUCUGCGUCGACUUCCGCGGGCUCUCCCACCUUUUGCCGUGGAGCAGCAACCGGCGGAGCCUCCACCCAGGAGAACUCUGGGGCCUCCGAUGAGAAGCUGAUGGAUCGUCCUGAUCCCUCGAUGUUCCUCAAGAAGUCUGCUACUGUGUUGUCCACAAGCAAGUUUGCGGAGAUGAAUCGUGAUUCUAUCUCAUCGAUCGAAUUGAACCCAAUGGACAAACUCCUCGCGAAGCUAUCUGAACAAUCGGCCGUCAUCAACAAGCAGCACGAGGCUCUCAAGGCUUCCGAUGAUGGCUCCGCCUUCUCACGCACUCUCGAGUUCGUAUCAACUACCGGCCGCGCGGUGUCUACCACACCAAUGCCAGAGACAAUCAAUGCAAGCACUGCUCCGGACAGCAGUCCAGUUAGCGUUGCUCGCGAGGUGCGUCCUGUUGCAAAUACUGACGAAGUACUUCGCUUGAAGCUUGAACUCGAAGCCGCCAAAGGCAAGAUUGCUCGCAUGGAUCAGGAGCUCGCCCUGAACAAAAUCACAAAGCACACCAUUGACCAAGCCAUCGGCGGAGCAUCCGAAGCUGACUUCACCCUAAACUCUGAUAUCCCCAAUCAGCAUUUGAACCACCUCCAACAGUCCAUCAACACGAGCAAUCGUCUUCAGGUUCCUAGAGAUAACUCGUGGGCCGCCCAAGAUGAUACUCGUUCUGAUACUAGCGAUGCACUCUCUGCUGGUGGUUUCAACCGUGCUCGUGCUAUCUGGGCCAACGGUUCCAAGCCAGGCUUCACUGGUGCCCAAAGCCCGGUUCCUGCCUUUCAAGCAUCCGAACCACUUCAGUCCGAUCACUGGAUGAGUCGUGGUUUUCGUCAGCCCUUCGAGCCAACGAUGGCAUAUCCUGCUCCGCCAAUGAAUGUAUUUCGUGGUGAUCGCCUGCACCCCGACUCCGAGCUUUUGAUGACCGCUCCAGCAAUUCGACGUAAUCAAGUUGGUGGCCGCUUUGGACGUGGAGCGUUUCCUUACGCCAGUAGCAACAGCUCUUACGAUGGCUACCCUCCUGCUUCUGCCCAUUAUGGCUCUGUUGGAGGUAUGGCAGGUGGAGUUGCUCCUAUGGCAGGCCCUAUCGGUAUGGGCGCAGGAAUGAAUAUGGGAGGUAAUAUUUUACUUCAGGCUGUUGCUACGGAGGGCCAGACCUAUCUUCCAACCACCGAACCUCUUAACUAUCGUCGUCUUCUUGACCGUACUGUCAAUUGCAACUGGAAAUACAUCGUGGACAAGAUUGUGUGCAACAACGACCAACAAGCUUCGAUUUUCCUUCAGCAGAAGCUUAAAGUCGGAACUACUGAGCAAAAGUAUGACAUCGUGGAGGCAAUUGUCGCCCAAGCCUACCCGCUUAUGGUCAACCGCUUUGGAAACUUCCUGGUCCAGCGAUGCUUCGAGCAUGGAACUCCGGAACAAGUCAUCAAGAUUGCUGAGGCUAUUCGUGGUAACACCUUGAGCCUCUCCAUGGAUGCCUUCGGCUGCCAUGUUGUUCAGAAGGCUUUUGACUCGGUUCCUGAGGAUUACAAGGCUAUUAUGGUCCACGAGCUGCUUCGUCGCAUUCCGGAGACUGUGAUUCACCGUUACGCAUGCCAUGUCUGGCAGAAGCUCUUUGAGCUCCGCUGGACUGAAUCCCCUCCACAGAUCAUGAAAUACGUCAAUGAAGCUCUGCGUGGAAUGUGGCAUGAGGUUGCUCUUGGUGAGACCGGCAGUUUGGUUGUUCAGAAUAUCUUUGAGAAUUGCCUCGAAGAAGAUAAGCGUCCAUGUAUCGAAGAAGUUCUUGCCAGCAUCGACAUUGUUGCUCACGGCCAAUUCGGAAAUUGGUGCAUUCAGCAUAUCUGUGAGCAUGGUGCCCCAGCUGAUCGCAGUCGAGCAAUUGAUCAUGUCAUUCGCUAUGCGUCAGAGUACAGUAUGGACCAGUUCGCAUCGAAGGUUGUCGAAAAAUGUCUCAAGAUCGGUGGCGUUGACUUCCUCAGCCGUUAUCUCGACCGUGUCUGCGAAGGCCGGCUCGACCGCCCACGCAUUCCCUUGAUUGAUAUUGCUAGCGACCAGUACGGAAACUACCUUAUCCAGUACAUCCUGACCCACUCCAACCUCCAGCAUCGCGAGAUUGUGGCUCAGCAUAUCCGCAAGCAUAUGGUCUCUCUUCGUGGCUCCAAGUUUGGCUCUCGAGUUGGUAUGCUUUGCACCAAUCCCGCCAUUCAGACUCGUCCUGGCCCAGGAGCUGGUCCCACCAUCGGCGCUGCCACUUCCCGCAUGCCUCAGCAAGUCGCGCGUUAUGGCGGUGCUUACCGCUAA